CACUUACUCACAGUGGCAUUAUCUCCCUUCUGUUCUCAGGGACCUUUGAACCCUCUGUCUAAAAACAAACAACACAAGUCUCAUUAACGGUCUUUUUCAAAAAGAGAAGCUCCUCUCGACAACUGUGCUACCCAAAAUGUGGUGUGGUUCUCCCUGAGAUAGGAAAUGGCAUUUCUUGGAAACCACUUGGCAUGUUCAUGGCCCACGCUAUUGGAGAAAUGGUGAUAGUUACAUAACCACCUUCAUGAGUAAUAGGCAAAGUUACUCUGAACGCCUCUGUGUAAAACUCAGAAACAAUGAACAAGUCUUCACAGAUACCAAGAUCAGACAGUUCGAGCAAGAAGUGAGUUCUCUCUUUGAAAAGAACCGCUCAACACCAAAGACCAAAGCAUAUUAAAGAACGACUCAAGGUGCAUUUGAAGGUACAAAAGACCAUUUGAAGGUUUCACAAGUGAAGAUGAAAGAAUUGGCAGAUGAACAUUCAGCGGCUAGAACAUUUCAGAUGGAAGAUGAAGCAUUGAUUUGUAAGAGACUACAGCUGUGGAGGUGAGCUGAUGGACGACGAUGAGAAAGACAGGGCAAAGAGGGCUUCACGAAACAAAUCAGAGAAGAAACGAAGGGACCAGUUUAAUGUACUUAUCAAGGAACUUAGUACCAUGCUGCAGGGCUCCGCACACAAGAUGGACAAGUCGACUGUGCUGCAAAGGACAAUUGAUUUUUUACAGAAACAAAAAGAGCUCUCAGCCCAGACGGACGCUUGUGAGAUCAGGCAGGAUUGGAAGCCUUCUUUUCUUAGUAAUGAAGAGUUCACACAGUUGAUGUUGGAGGCUUUAGAUGGGUUUCUUAUUGCACUUACCGCUGACGGAAACAUUAUUUAUAUCUCCGACAGUGUUUCUUCAUUGCUCGGGCAUUUACCGUCAGAUCUAGUGGACCAAAAUAUAUUGAAUUUCCUCCCAGAACAAGAGCAUGCAGAAGUAUACAAGCUGCUAUCGAAUCAGAUGCUAAUGACAGACCCGGUUACUCGUGACUAUCUGAACAAUCAAAAUCACGUUGAAUUUUGUUGUCAUUUAUCAAGAGGAUCGUUAGAUCCCAAGGAACCUCCUAUGUAUGAAUAUGUAAAAUUUGUAGGAAGCUUUAGAUUUCACAAUAUUGUGCCUAUGACUUCUUGCAAUGGCUUUGAAUCAGCCAUAUCAAGGUCAUUUCGAUCUGCAGCAAAAGAGCAAGUCUGCCUUGUGGCUACUGGGCGCCUUGUCAUCCCCCAAUUUUUAAAGGAACUGUGCAAUGUUGAGGAAUCAUGUGAAGAAUUUACAUCACGGCAUAGUUUAGAGUGGAAAUUCCUAUUCCUGGACCACAGGGCCCCUCCUAUUAUUGGUUACUUACCGUUCGAAGUGCUAGGAACAUCUGGCUAUGAUUACUACCACGUUGAUGAUCUGGAGCUUCUAGCAAGAUGCCAUGAACACUUGAUGCAGUUCGGGAAGGGCAAGUCUUGUUACUACCGCUUCUUGACCAAAGGACAGCGAUGGAUUUGGCUCCAGACUCAUUACUACAUCACCUAUCACCAGUGGAAUUCCAAGCCAGAGUUUAUUGUCUGCAUGCACACAGUGGUGAGCUAUGUGGAAGUCAGAUCAGAAAGGCGAAGGGAACAGGGCCUUGAGGAAUCUUCUCCUGAAAUCCUACCCCCACCAGCCCUGAAGACUCAAAACUGCAGGCAAUGUGAAAAUGCCCAGGACAUUGCCAUUGAGAGACUAAGUGGCAGUCGACCAUGUUCAGUGUCAUCUCCAAGUUCACUCAAGUCCUCUCACACCGGACUGUCAGACACUCCAUCAACACAAUCCAAAGUACGUACGGAAGCAAGCACACCUUCCAGACAAUCAGUAAAUACAAGUUUGCAGGACAAGUCAGCUCAGAGACCGCAGCAAGGUGGCACUCAGGCCCUGAUGGCAAUGCCACCAUCACCGGAUGCACAUCAACAGCAGCCAGCUGUGAUCUCUACUCAACAAGCUCCCUCACAGCCCAUGUACCAGUGUCCUGCACAACUGGGAGUGAUGCACCAGCUGAAGGAGCAACUGGAGGAGAGGACUCGCAUCCUCCAGGCAAACAUCAAGACACAGCAGGAGGAGCUGCAUCACAUUAAGGAACAGUUGCAGUUUGUGCAUGACUCGAAUCUCCAGAUGAUGCUUCAACAGCCCAAUUCACUUGCGUUUAAUACAUUGGACCAUCAAGAUCAAGGACAGCAACAGCAGCAGCAGCAGCAACCAGGGAAUGUCAUGCAAAGCCCCUGCUUAUCCAGCAAGCAGAUGCAAGCUCUUGUGGACUCCGAAUUACUCAGCCAGCAAUUGUCCUCUUCUCAACAUGUCCUCAGAGAACCGAAUGUGAAAUCAGUGCCGGUUCAGCAGCAAUUCGUGAAAGGAAGUCAACUGCAACAAGCCAGUUUGCAAAUUCACUCACAUACCAGUCGGGUCACGCCACUCUUCGGUAACCCCAUGAUGUUUGCCCAGACUCCGACAGUGCCCUGUCCUAUUCCACUACCGUCUGACGUUAGUCAGAGCCACUCAACUCCAGAAUAUGGGCACGACCGACAACUCAGAUUAUUUUUUAAUCAACCCAUUCAUCCCAUAAUGCCAAACAACAGUGGGACGGAACAGCCAUCUCAGAAUAACACAGCAAGAGAACAAGCCAAAUUUAUCCAAGAUCAGCAGAUGCUGACGGCACUAACAAUGCAGCCAACCAGCUGUAGUGCAAUCAUCGUCCCUUCUCCAAGUUCCAUGGCCAUCCAGCAUCCAGGUUUCUCUUCACACCAGCAAGCCUCUAUUCAACAGCAACACAGCCAUCAUCCCCUGCAGCUUCAGCAGCAACAUCAAUAUCUUCAGCAAGUGCCACUGAGUGGAAUGAUGCAAGGUGACCAAUCGCAGCCUCUUUUCCUGGGAUCAGCACCACAGGUGAACUUGGGCUACCUCUCACAACACCAAACCCGCGGGACACAGAGCAACACUAGCGGCCUCUCAGACCUCCCCAACAUCCAGUUACCGCGGUAACCAAGGACAGUUGCAGAGGCAGACAACACGAGGGCUGCAAAUUGGACAUACCCCCACGGCACAUCUGUGGGCAAAGGGCAAAUGUUCAUUCAACUGGUGGCUCAUCCAUGCCCAAGAGAAAUGGGUGCCGGGAGGGCGCUUGGCUGAAGUAUAGCAGAAUCCCUGCAAUGCAGAACGAGGUGAAUGCCACAAAGAAAGCUGUUGCAAGCUGACAGCAAACUAAAAAAAAAAUUUAAAAAUCCUGAUUCAUCCUUCCUUCUCACUGAGACACUAAGUCCUGUUCAUAGGAACCCACCAGAAGGAAGAUUACAGAUCGUCAGUCGAAACACUGGAGAGGUUUUGUAGACCCACUGCACGUUCCGCAGUGAUCUUUCUCCCUAAAACACGGGCCUCUUGAGAGCUUGUCUUUUUGCCAAGCAAAAUAAUUAUUCAGUAAAUAGUCACCCCAUUUGUCACAACUUGGAAUGGCUGGUUAUGGUAUCGUGAAUCGGUCAACAGCAGAUAGGAGUCUUUUAAAAACUCACAUGAGAACAGUAUUUGUGACUAGAUUGUCACAACAAAAAGCAGGCAUCACUGGUAAAACGAUGGCAAAGUGACCUUGUUAAAAUCUGUGUUAACUGUUUUGUCAGGUGUUGCAUUACAUAGCCUACACUUGUCGAUUGAUGCUAAUAGUUGCCAGUGGCAGGGAGUCGGAUGUGAUGCUGUGAAAAUAUUUCUGGUUGUACUUUAGUCACUUACAGCUAGCUAGACUUGCAAGACAAACUCACUGUAAAUGCUACUCUGUCUACAUUCUUUGAACAACGUGUUUAUUUUCUAAAUAGCUUUGAAUACUUUAUAUUUUUUGAAGAAGACAAUUAUUCAUAUCCGACCACCACUAAGUGAAAAUUGUAAUCUUGUCUUGGUUCAGAGCCAAACGCUUCACUGUGGAUCCUCCUACUACCGUACCACAAUGGCCCAGAUUUUGUGGAUGCGGUGAAGAAAUCGCAUUCGCCCCUGACCUUGAACAAACCUGCCCUGAAGGAUUGUGCAGUCUCUACAAUGCGACCUUGACCUUUCCCCAGGGAAUUUUAAAUCUGCUAACCGGAACAGUGAUCCUGGAAAGCAAGUCAGCAGCAAUGAAGUAUUCAGACAAAAAAAUAUCAAGAAUUUGAAAGCACUUUUUAUCAGUCACUUUUCAAUUGAAUUUUCAGGCAGCGGAAUAAAUUGGUUCAAUUGAAUUCAGACAGAAUUAAAACAAGAUACAUGACCAUAAGACAUAGGAGCAGAAACUGGCCAUUCAGCCCAUCAAGUCUGUCCUGCCAUUCAAUUAUGGCUGAUA